UUUUUUUUUUUUUUUAAUCCCCGCACCAAGCGCUUAACCUCAUUGGGGUGGAGGAGAAGGCGGCGGCUGUCCGGUCCGCAGCCCCAACAGUUGUGAAUAAUAGAGCUAAUGGACUGCUGAACUAUGAAGGAUUUCAGACCUAGUCGUGGGUCAUCACUCUGCCGCUCUCGCCUUUAUCGCCUACUAGUUAUUUAAAUUGGACUUUUAAUAUCCGACCAGCUGCUCUUCAGACACACAUGGUGCAUUGCUGCCAUUCCCCGGAUUGCGUCUCUGAAACACACACUCUUAGGAGCCUUCAGCGAACAAAGAGGCCACCUCCCGGUACAGCUACUGGGAGGGAGUCAUCCUGACCGCCCCCUAGCCUUGGCCGGAUCUGGAUUUGAAUCCUACCAUGGAACCUCGAAUGGAGUCCUGUCUGGCCCAGGUGCUGCAGAAGGAUGUGGGGAAACGGCUGCAGGUUGGCCAGGAGCUCAUAGACUAUUUCUCGGACAAGCAGAAGUCUGCUGACCUUGAGCAUGACCAGACCAUGUUAGAUAAGCUUGUGGACGGACUCGCUACCUCUUGGGUGAACUCUAGCAAUUACAAGGUGGUUCUACUGGGCAUGGACAUCCUGUCUGCACUGGUGACAAGGCUGCAGGACCGGUUCAAGGCGCAAAUUGGCACAGUGUUGCCAAGUCUAAUAGACAGACUGGGAGAUGCUAAGGACUCCGUGAGGGAGCAAGACCAAGCCCUGCUGCUAAAGAUCAUGGACCAAGCUGCUAACCCCCAGUACGUGUGGGACAGGAUGCUCGGAGGUUUCAAACACAAGAACUUCCGCACGAGAGAGGGCAUCUGCCUCUGCCUUAUUGCAACACUCAAUGCCUCUGGGGCACAGACUCUAACACUAAGCAAGAUUGUGCCACAUAUAUGUAACUUACUGGGAGACCCCAACAGCCAGGUUAGAGAUGCAGCGAUAAACAGUCUGGUGGAGAUUUACAGACAUGUAGGCGAACGUGUGCGGGCAGACCUCAGUAAGAAAGGGUUGCCACAGUCCCGGUUGAAUGUCAUUUUUACAAAAUUUGAUGAAGUCCAAAAGUCUGGAACUAUGAUACAGUCUGCAAAUGAUAAGAAUUUUGAUGAUGAGGAUUCUGUGGAUGGAAACAGGCCUUCUUCUGCCAGCUCCUCCUCAUCCAAGGCUCCAUCUAGUUCCCGAAGGAAUGUUAGCAUGGGGACCCGUCGGCUUGUGUCAUCUAGUCUCGGAUCUAAGUCUUCAGCUGCAAAAGAAGGUGCUGGCGCUGUGGAUGAAGAGGACUUCAUUAAAGCCUUUGAUGAUGUGCCCGUAGUGCAGAUUUACUCCAGCCGAGACCUCGAGGAAUCGAUAAACAAAAUCAGAGAAAUCCUGUCGGAUGACAAGCAUGACUGGGAACAGAGGGUCAAUGCUCUAAAAAAGAUGAGGUCGUUACUCUUGGCUGGAGCUGCCGAGUACGAUAACUUCUUUCAACACUUGCGUCUUCUGGAUGGAGCCUUCAAACUCUCUGCUAAGGACCUGCGGUCUCAGGUAGUGCGGGAAGCUUGCAUCACAUUGGGGCAUCUGUCGUCAGUUCUGGGAAACAAGUUUGAUCAUGGAGCUGAAGCCAUUAUGCCAACUAUCUUUAAUUUAAUCCCAAACAGUGCCAAAAUUAUGGCUACUUCUGGUGUUGUAGCUGUCAGGCUAAUCAUUCGGCACACGCACAUCCCUCGGCUAAUUCCUGUCAUAACAAGCAACUGUACCUCGAAGUCUGUCGCAGUUAGAAGGCGCUGUUUUGAAUUUUUAGAUUUGCUUUUACAAGAAUGGCAGACACAUUCACUGGAAAGACACAUAUCAGUAUUAGCGGAAACGAUAAAGAAAGGAAUCCACGAUGCCGAUUCUGAAGCAAGAAUAGAAGCCAGAAAAUGCUACUGGGGUUUCCACAGUCACUUCAGCCGAGAAGCAGAGCACUUGUACCACACGCUGGAGUCCUCCUACCAGAAGGCCCUGCAGUCGCACCUGAAGAACUCGGACAGCAUCGUGUCUCUGCCUCAGUCAGACCGAUCCUCGUCCAGCUCUCAGGAGAGUCUCAACCGGCCCCUUUCUGCCAAGAGAAGUCCCACCGGCAGCACCACAUCCAGAGCCUCUACAGUUAGUACCAAAUCUGUGUCAACGACAGGAUCCCUCCAGCGAUCUCGAAGCGAUAUUGACGUGAACGCAGCAGCCAGUGCCAAAUCCAAGGUCUCCUCAUCCUCGGGCUCCACCGCCUUCAGCUCUGCAGCAGCAUUGCCUCCAGGGUCCUAUGCAUCUUUAGACGGUACUACCAGUAAAGCGGAGGGUCGGAUCCGUACCAGACGGCAAAGCUCUGGGAGUGCCACCAAUGUCGCCUCCACACCCUCGGAUAGUCGGGGCCGCAGUCGCGCCAAAGUGGUUUCACAGUCUCAGCGAUCCAGAUCUGCUAACCCCGCUGGUGCUGGCAGCCGGUCAAGUUCCCCAGGGAAGCUGUUGGGAAGCGGCUAUGGUGGACUUGCUGGGGGUUCCUCAAGAGGCCCACCUGUAACACUGUCUUCAGAAAAACGAAGCAAGAUCCCCAGGAGUCAGGGAUGUAGCCGCGAAACAAGUCCUAACCGGAUUGGAUUAGCACGGAGCAGCCGUAUCCCCCGACCCAGCAUGAGUCAGGGGUGCAGCCGCGAUACCAGCCGUGAGAGCAGCCGCGAUACAAGCCCUGCUCGGGGCUUCGCUCCACUCGCCUCUCGACGUCAUUCCAGGUCCACUAGUGCUCUCUCCACUGCUGAAUCUGUUGGGCAGUCAGAUCGGUUUGGGCUGGGCCAGUCAGGAAGAAUCCCUGGUUCCGUGAAUGCCAUGCGAGUAUUGAGCACCAGCACAGACCUAGAAGCUGCCGUGGCUGAUGCGCUGCUGUUAGGAGACUCCAGGAGCAAGAAGAAGCCUGUGAGGAGGAGGUACGAGCCCUAUGGAAUGUACUCUGACGAUGACGCCAACAGCGACGCCUCCAGCGUGUGCUCUGAGCGCUCCUACGGCUCCAGGAAUGGUGGCAUUCCUCAUUAUCUGCGGCAGACUGAGGACGUAGCCGAAGUUCUCAAUCACUGUGCUAGUUCCAACUGGUCCGAAAGGAAAGAGGGGCUCCUGGGCCUGCAGAACUUACUGAAGAGCCAAAGAACACUGAGUCGAGUAGAAUUGAAGAGAUUGUGUGAGAUUUUCACCCGAAUGUUUGCUGAUCCUCACAGCAAGAGAGUUUUCAGUAUGUUUCUGGAGACCCUUGUGGAUUUUAUAAUCAUUCAUAAGGAUGACUUGCAAGACUGGCUUUUCGUCCUUCUCACACAAUUACUGAAGAAAAUGGGAGCAGACUUACUUGGAUCUGUGCAAGCGAAAGUUCAGAAGGCAUUGGAUGUCACCAGGGAUUCUUUUCCAUUUGAUCAACAAUUCAACAUUUUAAUGAGAUUUAUUGUGGAUCAGACUCAAACUCCAAACCUCAAGGUCAAAGUCGCAAUCCUGAAAUACAUCGAGUCUCUGGCCAGGCAGAUGGAUCCCACAGAUUUUGUAAACUCCAGUGAAACAAGGCUUGCUGUUUCUAGAAUCAUAACGUGGACUACAGAACCAAAGAGUUCAGACGUGAGAAAGGCAGCACAGAUUGUGCUCAUCUCUCUGUUUGAAUUGAACACUCCUGAAUUUACCAUGUUACUUGGUGCCUUGCCAAAAACAUUCCAGGAUGGUGCCACCAAACUCCUGCAUAACCACCUCAAGAACUCCAGUAACACUGGUGUGGGAUCCCCAAGCAAUACAAUUGGCCGGACGCCUUCCCGACACCCCAGCAGCAGGACCAGCCCCCUGACCUCACCCACCAACUGUUCCCAUGGGGGACUAUCUCCAAGUCGGUUGUGGGGUUGGAGUGCCGAUGGGCUAUCGAAGCCCCCACCUCCCUUUUCUCAGCCUAACUCCAUUCCCACCGCUCCCUCCCACAAGACUCUCAGGCGCUCUUACUCUCCCAGCAUGCUGGACUAUGAUACAGAAAACCUGAACUCUGAAGAAAUCUACAGCUCUUUGCGUGGAGUUACAGAAGCCAUCGAAAAGUUCAGCUUCCGAAGCCAAGAGGACCUAAAUGAGCCGAUUAAGCGUGAUGGCAAGAAGGACUGUGAUAUCGUGUCCCGAGAUGGGGGAGCAGCCUCACCUGCCACCGAGGGCCGGGGAGGUGGUGAGGUGGAAGGAGGCAGGAUGGCUUUGGACAACAAGACCUCCCUGCUCAACACGCAGCCUCCACGUGCCUUCCCGGGGCCACGAGCACGGGAGUAUAACCCGUAUCCCUACUCGGACACCAUCAACACCUACGACAAGACGGCGCUGAAGGAGGCGGUGUUUGACGACGACAUGGAGCAGCUCCGAGACGUGCCCAUUGACCACUCGGACCUGGUGGCUGACUUGCUGAAAGAGCUAUCCAACCACAACGAGCGUGUGGAGGAGCGGAAGGGUGCACUGCUGGAGCUGCUCAAGAUCACCAGGGAGGACAGCCUGGGCGUGUGGGAGGAGCACUUUAAGACCAUCCUGCUGCUGCUGCUGGAAACUCUAGGGGACAAGGACCAUUCCAUUCGAGCUCUGGCACUGAGAGUUUUACGGGAGAUUCUGAGAAACCAACCAGCAAGAUUCAAAAACUACGCAGAACUGACGAUCAUGAAGACCCUGGAAGCCCACAAAGACUCCCACAAAGAGGUGGUGAGGGCUGCCGAGGAGGCUGCAUCCACACUAGCCAGCUCCAUCCACCCCGAGCAGUGCAUCAAAGUGCUGUGCCCAAUCAUCCAGACGGCCGACUACCCCAUCAACCUGGCUGCCAUCAAGAUGCAGACAAAAGUGGUGGAGAGGAUCACCAAGGAAUCCUUGCUGCAGCUCCUUGUCGACAUCAUCCCAGGCCUGCUGCAGGGUUACGACAACACUGAGAGCAGUGUACGGAAGGCCAGCGUGUUUUGCUUAGUGGCAAUCUAUUCCGUAAUCGGAGAAGAUCUGAAACCUCACCUUGCACAGCUCACAGGGAGCAAGAUGAAGCUACUCAACCUUUAUAUCAAGAGGGCCCAGACCACCAACAGCAACAGCAGCUCCUCCUCCGAUGUGUCCACACACAGCUAGUGGCCGUGCCGGUCUGCGCAGACCCACAUGGUGGUGCCUCUGAGAAGCCCAUCAGCCGUCUAGUCCUUCGGGGGGCCGCACAUAAUUUAUUACAAUCAGUAUUUUGGUCCCUU